AUGAGCAGAGGAGACAACACAUAUUGUGUGGAUCACAUCUCGGUCCCAGACCUGACAGCGGCUCUGACCGGCCAGGAUGCCGUGGUCUCGGUCCUGAUAACCAGUGCCAUGGAGACACAGAUCUCGCUGAUUGAGGCCUCAGUGAAAGCUGGAGUGAGGAGGUUCCUUCCCUCCGAGUUCUGUGCGAACAUUAGCAAUCCCAAGGCGGCCAGUUUGCCUGUCUACCACUCCAAGCUCGCGAUACACGAGGUCCCUCAACGGAGGAUUUACGACGGUGGGGCCCGUCCGUUCAGUACAACCACCUUGGCCACGAUCGGCCGGGCCGUGGUGAAGGUCCUGCGUCACUUGAAGGAGACGCGAAAUAGAUCUGUAUUUAUUCAAGACCUCGUCACCACCCAGCAAAGGAUGCUGGCCAUUGCCCAGAAGGUUACAUCGGAUCGCAAAUGGACGCCAACAGAUGUGAGCACGGCCGACAUGGAGAACAUGGCGCGGGACAAAUACGCCAACGGGAUGAACGAUCUGACAGCCUCAAUGGGAUUCUUUUGCCGCUCAGUCUUUGGGAAGGGGUACGGAGGAGAGUUCCAGGAGGUGGACAAUACAUUACUCGGCAUAUCGUUGAAGACGGAUGCUGAUCUGGAGGAAUUGAUCCGGGGAGUUCUUUCCGAUGGCCACUAG